AUGGCCGACUCUAAUCCUCCGGCGCAGCAGCCUGCUGCUAGCACCGGCGCAACAUACAAGGCCCCUAGUCCUAAACCGCAACAGAAUCCAGCUCUUCGAAUGAUGGGCCUGCCAAAUCUCCCUCGAAAACUCCCGUCACGAAACUGGCUCAUCUUUUGGGCCAUCACUGGUUCCAUCUCAGCGGCUAUUAUCUACGACAAGCGCGAGAAGAAGAGGGCCACAGCCAAGUGGAAGCAUGUCGUCGCUCCUCUUGCAACCGAUUUAAUCCCCUCGGCAAGCCAUCUUCCUCGCAAGCUGACAAUCUACCUCGAAUCACCCCCUGGGGACGGUCUGCGUGUUGCGCAGGAUCACUUCAUCGAGUAUGCGAAGCCGGUUCUGGCCGCCUCUGGUCUUGACUGGGAGUUCGUCCAGGGAAGGCAGCAGGGCGACGUGAGAGCCGCUGUGGCAGAAAAGAUUCGUCGGCAGAGAAGGCAGCAUGAGCGACCAACCGAGGAGGAUCUACAAACAGACGAGGCUAUAACAGCGGCUUUGAGAAAGAAAAACAAUAUACCAGAAUAUGAGGGCGUCCAGGGCGACAUCGUCUUUGGCUUGCACACAUGGAAGGAGUAUAUGAGAGGUUUACACGAAGGCUGGCUCGGUCCACUUGAUGCUCCUGCGAAGCCCGAGACAGAAACGAAACCUGCGGCUAUCGAACCAUCUGUCGAUACCCUCAAGGUUGAGGGUGAACAAGCCGAGGAGAAGAAGGAGGAGGGGGGAAAAGACGAGGAGAAGAAGCCCGAGCGACCGCCCCAACCAGUGCCUUACAACACCACCACCGACUACCCUCUCGCCAGUCUCCCUGCCCAGGUUCCCGCCGAAUUCUCUCCCUCAAAUCCCAUUCCUCUCCCCCACCGCCUCGGCUUCCGUCACACUUUCGUUCGUCUGAACCGCUUCUUCAAUCGCCGCAAGCUCGCCGACGAGAUCGGCCGUGAAGUCGCCGCCGUGUGCUUCGCCGCCGCCUCUCGUGAAUGGCGCGAGGUCGAUGGUCAAUACGAGCAACAGCUCGUCCUCAAGCACGAGGAGAAUGACUGGGUUAAGUCAGUGUGGAAGACUGAGGAGCCCGCCAAGACGGACGACGAUAACACUACGGCCACUCCUACUCAGCCUCCUAAGGAGAAGAUCUGGCCUGCCCCAAUUGUCAUUGACCCUCGUCUGGCGCAGCGCAUGCGACGUUUCGAGAUGACUCCUGAGGUCGAGGCUCGCGCCGCUCAAGUCAAGGUUUCCGAGGCCGAGGUUGAGGGUUGGAUCAAGGGAAGCUUCCGCAGCUUGUGGAACUGGACUGUUGAAUCAGUGACCGCCAAACCCAUGCGGCCUAAUGUUGGCGACGUGGACAGCGAUGAGUAA